CACACAUACACACACACACACACACACACACACACACUCUCUCUCUCUCUCUCUCUCUCUCUCUCUCUCUCUCUCUCUCUCUGUCACACACACACACACAGAGACAGACACAGACAGAGAGAGGGAUCUGAGCGGAUCUCCCGUGACGCCGGUGCGCGGGAUGCGCUCGUGAGGAUGAUGGGACACUUCACCCCGGUCUCGUGAGGUGUGAGCUCUCGGCUGUUUUUCUGCUCAAGGCCCCAUGGAGCCUGACGUGAUACGCAUGUACUCCUCCUCUCCGCCCCCGAUGGAGGACGGCAUCGAGGACGAGGACGACGAAUUCAGCGACUUCACCGGCGUCCCGAACAGCACCAGCUUCUCUGAGUUCGACACGCCCACCACGUUCAACCAAUCUCAGGCUUUGAACGCCACUUCGCCGCCAGAGCUGCUGAGCAACGGAAGGAUCGUGGGACUGUCCGCGCAGCCCGCGGUGUCUGCGAAAGCUAACGGCGUGACGCCUGGCUCCGGCCAGACCGCGACGCCCAACGGCAGAGCGGUUAGCGUAGAGGAACUCAAAAAGUUCAACGAGCAUCAAUCUCACAUCGCGUCCCUGGAGUUGGCAACGGGGUCUCGGACUGACGGCGUUGACUGCAAUGGCACAGUCGAAGGGCUCACGAACGGGUUUGCGACGUUAGACCAAGGUGGAAGCCCGUCUACGCCACACAAAACCAACGAAUUCGAUGUCAGUCCUGACGAUUUUGCAGACUUCUCUGCCUUUUCUAAUGCUGAACACACCCAGCCUUCGGAGGCGGACUGGGAACAUUCGAAUCAAGGGUGCUUAGCGCCGCAGAAUGACGCUAGCGACAAUGUUGAGGAGCGAGGAGCUAGUUUAGAAGACGAUAGCAGGGACUCAAGAAAUACGGGGUUCGGAUUCGUUACGGAAAACUCUGAAAGUCUCAGCAACGGUGACUGGGGUUUCCACGAAGAGUCGGAUUUGGAUCGAAGGGAGCUGGAGGCUGAUACCACUGACGUCGUUAGCGCAGUGCAUCCGCUAACCCUUAACGGUGACGCUUUUAGUGAAACCGACGAGAACAGGGUGUCGCCCGACUCUACCGGGGAUAAGUCUAGUGCCGAACAAUCAGAUGAGAAGGGCUCCGAGAACGAGACUUUGGAGACGGAGACGGAAACAGAGACGUCUUUUGGUCGGCCGCUGUCGACCGACGCUCUCGAAGAGUUCGGCGACUUCAGCACGACGGGAUCCGUGCCCUCGCCUCCGCUUCAGGAGGAGACGGCCACUCCGGCCGACCACAGCCAGCUGGCCGAGGAUGACGACGACGAGGAUUUCGGAGAUUUCGGUGACUUCGGAGACGCCACCUCGUUUAGCGCGACUGGAUUUGCUGAUUUCGACCAGCAGGGCGUCUCUCAGCCCGAGUCGGACCCGAGUCCCCCGGCGGAGGUCGAACAGGAUGACUUCGGCGAUUUUGACGCAUCAAAAGAGCCUAGUAAAUCAGACUUGGCGGGCGAAGAGGGGACGACGUUUGCGGACUUCCCAGGAAGUGACAGUUUCGCGGAUUUUAGCUCUGCGCAAGUAGGCGAUAACGAAGGGUGGCAGGCGUUCUCUGAGCCGGGUCAGAGCCAGAGUGGAGGGGAAUCGUGGGCAGCGUUUGGGCAGGAACAGAAUGCAGCGGCUGCAGAAAAAGACAGAGAUGACUGGCAGGAAAGCCAGCCGGUUACGGCGCCCCCUGCUGCUGUGGAGGAGGAGGAGCACAAAAGUUGUACAAUGUCUGCUCUGGUCAGCCGCUUGGAGAAGAUUUUCCAGGCCAGUUUCGAGCUGGUUGUGGCCCCUCAGGUAGAUGAAGAGGUGACCGCGCUCACCAGCUUCCUCAGAGCUCCUGACACAUCACAGCAGGACGCCGCUGACCGAGGGCCGGCCGAUGGGGCGCUCCGGGACGUUUGGCAGCAGCUGCAGGAUGUUAAUAACGCCUACGGCCUCCGGUACCAAUGGGGCGGCUCUCAUACUAAUAAAGUGCUGCUCUGCUCGCUUGGCAUCGACACCAGAAACAUACUGUUCACGGGCCAUAAAAAGCAGCCUGUAAUUGUGCCAAUGUACGCUGCCAGUCUGGGGAUGCUGGAACCCACGAAAGAGCCGGUGAAGCCCGUCUCUGCCGCUGAAAUGAUCGCCUCAAUAGCACAAUCUCCUUCAGUCGCCACGGAGCUGAACACCUGUCCACCUGACACCGCCCAGGAGUCUCUUCCUCCCGUUCAGUUUGACUGGAGCAGCAGUGGCCUUACAAACCCUCUGGACGCGAGUGGAGGCUCCUCUCUGCUCAACCUCGAUUUUUUCGGCCCAGUGGACGAGUCGCCCUCCAGCACGGCCACCUCCAUACCAGGCGUGGACCCGGAGCUGUACGAGCUGACCCAGGCCAAGCUGGAUGUCGGCGGCGGCGGCAGCAGAGUCGUGGAUGCGUUCGCUCGCCUCAUGUCGACCGUCGAGAAGACCAGCACCUCCGCCAGAAAGCCUGUGCAGAAGGAGGAGAAUCUGAGCGCCGAGGCCCGGCGGGUGAUCUCAGGUCUGCCGGAUCUGUCGUUCAUGCAGGCUAAAGUCCUGAUGUUCCCCUCCACGCUGACCCCCCUGCUCCCCUCCUCCUCGCCCGACUGACGCGCCGGGUCACCUCUCUUUCUCUGUGUAUCGCUCUCCAGCUUUCACGAAACGGACCGUUCUGAUUUUAAUUUCAUCCUCUCGGUUACCAAGCUCCUGUUCGUAACGUUCCCGGGGCGUUUUUUAAGUUCAAAAGCACCGUCUGCGUAGGGACGAGGGGACGAGAAGAUCGCUGUGGAGGACGAAAGACUAGAUCAUUUUAUUUGUAGAACGUGAGUAGGAAAAGAGUUUGUGUUUAUAUUAGAGCCAAUCUGUAUAUAAUCAGGGAUGAUUUCCUUUCGAGUAUCCUUCACGGUUAAGUUAGUGUGUAUGAGAGCGAGAGAAAGAGGCACUUUCUUAUUUUCAGGUCGUUUGUUUUUAUGAAACACUGGCUUAAAAGUCCUUCAGUGGCACAAAUGAUGACGUGAAUGAUCUGAUUUGUAUUUAGAUAUAUAAAUGCGUAGUUAUAUCGACUUGAAACCAAACCGCCUGCAAAAUUUCCUUUCGAUUUACUUUUUUUUUUGCGUAACAAAGGCCUUAGUUUUUAACCGUUCUGGCUAUUACGUUACAAUCAAUAUUGUUAUUACUUGUAGGUUUUAGGUUCUUUGAUUUCGCGCGGGCUUCAGCGGACGCUUUCUCCUUUUGUUGUGCUGAUAGUUUAACCCUUGGCUUUCCACACGGACCGUCUAUAGACCGAGUCCAGCAACAGCUAUAGAAACCACGCCUCUGCGUUUAGCUGCUCGUGUCUUUCGGUUGUUUAUUAUUAUUAUUGUUAUUUUAUUUUAUUUUUUAAUGUAAGUUGAAACCACUGGCUUUGGACUAUAACGUAGUGAAGGAAUUGUUAAAUGAAUGAUCAACUUGAAUAAAUAUAAAUAUAUAUAUACACACAUACACACACAUAUACAUAUAUAUAUAUAUAUAUAUAUAUAUAUAUAUAUAUAUAUAUAUAUAUAUAUAUAUAUAUAUAUAUAUAUAUAUAUAUAUAUAUAUAUAUAGGUGUAUUGAGAAUAAGGGACCAAUAUCUGCUGUAUGGUUUUGCUCAUUUCCCUGUUUUCAUCGUGUUUUGGUCAUUCUGUAUCUGUGUUUUAUUUACGAUAAUUAAGCGACUCUUUCGGAGGACGUCUGCCGUCACUGCGGUCCUGUACGCCAGAAGUGCAUGAUGGGAAAUGUUUGCCAGAAACGGGUUUUCCUCAUCUUUUGGUUCUUAUUUUUUUUUUUUCUUCAGUAGUGUCACUGUUUAUUCUGUCUCCUGGAGGAUUUUGCACAUUGUAAAGAUAUACAGAAGAACUGCUUACAUAGUUAACUGUGGCUUCGGACUGUGUACAGUCAAACUAUGGAUCAUGUAAAAAUUGUUAUGGGAAAAUUCCUAUGGAAAACUCAUACAGAUGAAUGAUAUCUAAAGAGCCUGUACCGAGGUCAAUCGUGCAUGCCUGGGUUCUUUGAGGAAAAAAAAUAAACAAACAAACAAGUGUGUAAAUUUUCUUUAAGUGUACACAAGAAAUUAAAAUAAUUUAAGAGAAAA